UUUAUCAACAUUUAUUAAGUCCCUACUGUGUGCAAAGUUGACAGCUAGGUGAUUCAGCAGAUAUAGCCCUGGGCCUGCAGUCAGGAAGAUCUGAAUUCAAAUUCAGACUCAGACACUAGCUGAGUGAACCUGGUCAAGUCACUUGACCCAGUUUACCUCAUCUGUAAAUUUUUCUUCACCUGUAAAAUGAGUUGGAAAAAGAAAUGCAAAUUAUUCCAACAUUUUUGCCAAGAAAACCCAAAUGGGGUGAUGAAGAAUUAGACGCGACUGAACAAGAAUGUGCCAGAUUCUGUGCUGGAGUAUUCCUAAAAGAAAAAGGACAGAGAGAGGAGAAAGACAUUAGGAAUGAGUCUUGGAAUCACGGCAGGGAUCUCUGAGUCAGCUUCAGAAUCAGCUUUGAAUCCCACCUUUGCCACCAUCUUCCUGUGGGCUCCGCCUUCUAAAAGAAGCCUGUCUCCAUCUCCCUCACGGCUAGUUCCUUCUCUCUGUUGACACUCUCCAAUUUAUCCCGGACAUAUAUAUAUUUCUUGUGCCGGGCAUUUUCAUGUUGUAUUUCUCUUAUACUCCGCAGCACUUAGCACAAUGCCUGGUGUAGAGUAGAUGCUUUAAAUACAUGGUUAUUAACUGCCUGGUUCUCCGCCCCCGGGCAGUGAGGCAGCCAACAAAUGUCACUUCGUGAAUCUCCGUCCAUCUGAAUUUUGAGGAAAUUGGACCAGAACCAUGGAUCGCAGGCUGGAAUCACGGGUUCUUAAAGCGUGGUUGGAACGGUACCAUUGGUUAUUAAUCAUGGCUGGACUAGAACCAAGGAUUAUUAGUCAUAGUUGGACUACAACCAUUUGUUAUUAGUCAUGGUUGGACCAUAACCAUAGCUUAUUAAUCCUGGAUGGACCAGAAUCAUAACUUAUUAGUAAUAUGGUACACUUGAGAGGGAAUCUGCGUCUUCCUCAGGUUAGUUCAUAAGGCAAUCCCCAGGGUGGCCACCUGAAGGGACAGACAGGCUCCGCUAGGUGGAGCCCUGGAGCCGACUGGAGUGUGGGGGGGCAAACCCGGAAGCUGUGUAGGCCCGCCGAACUACAUUUCCCAGAAGGCAGUGCGGAGGGGGCGGGGCAGGGGCUAGGGACAUUUCUGGACCGGCCGGGCCUGGCAAUGCCAAGUUCCAUGCAGGCUCCCGGGGAAGCUGCUGCUGCUGCGUGAUCGCUGCCCACUGAGUCGGGACGUCGAGGCCGGGAUUGGGGCCGGAGCCUGGACAUGGACAUGGCGGACACCCGAAGUGUGCACGAAACCAGGUUCGAGGCGGCAGUGAAGGUGAUUCAAAGUUUGCCGAAAAACGGUUCAUUCCAGCCAACAAAUGAAAUGAUGCUAAAGUUUUACAGCUUUUAUAAACAAGCCACAGAAGGACCCUGCAACAUCUCAAGACCAGGAUUCUGGGAUCCUAUUGGGAGAUAUAAAUGGGAUGCUUGGAGUUCACUGGGAGAUAUGACCAAAGAAGAAGCUAUGAUUGCAUAUGUUGAAGAAAUGAAAAAGGUCUGGGUCAUCUGCAUUAAAAACUUCUUUGGGAACCAGAUUCUUGAGACCAUGCCAAUGACGGAGAAAGUUGAAGAAUUACUCCAUGUAAUAGGUCCAUUCUAUGAAAUUGUAGAGGACAAAAAGAGCAGCAGAAGUUCUGAUUUAACCUCAGUCCGAUUGGAGAAAGUCACUAAAUAUUUAGAAGAUCUUGGCAAUGUCCUGUCUUCUACUCCAAAGGUCAAAACUGUAAAUGGGAAAGCUGAAAGCAGUGAUAGUGGAGCUGAAUCUGAAGAAGAAGAGAACCAAGAAGAAGUAAAAGAAGCUAAGCAAACUAAGGAAGUGAUACCGGAGCCCACUGACAAUAAAGAAUUGGAAAUUGUUGUCACUAAUGGUUAUGACCAAGAUAACGUUCUCCAAGAUAUACCAAAUGAUAUUCAUGCCAGUUCUUCCCUAUUAAAUGGCUCAAGCACUGAAGAAAUAAAAAAUGGGGACCAAAACUUAAAACAAACUGGACAAAGUACUGUCAGCAUUCAUCAAGGCAUAUGUGAUGAUCAUGUUGAAGAUAUUUCAGGAAUUCAGCAUUUGACGAGUGAUUCAGACAGUGAAGUUUACUGUGACUCUAUGGAGCAAUUUGGACAAGAAGAGUCUUUAGAAAUCUUUUCAUCAAACAAAGGACCAUUUAGAUAUUCAUCUCAUUUGGGAGAUCACAGUCAGCUUUUGGAAAAUUCUGGUCUUUCUGAAGAAGUUUGCAUUGCCUCGGGAAAUCUUCCGAUUGGAGAUAUUGCUGUAGAAGGAAAAGGAGAAGUAAAGCAUGGUGGGGAAGAUGGCAGACCCAGCAGUGGAGCACCCCAACGAGAGAAACGUGGUGGAGAAAAGGAAGAAUUCUCUGGUGUAAGAAGGGGGAGAGGCCACCGGAUGCAGCCUUUGGGUGAUGGGAUUCAUAGUGGCCACAUGGGCAGUGGAGGGGAUGGAGAACGAUGGGGUUCUGACAGAGGAUCUGGAAGCAGCCUCAACGAGCAGAUUGCAGUGGCCCUCAUGCGAAUGCAAGAAGACAUGAAGAACAUCCUUCAGAGACUGCACACACUGGAGACCCUGGCUGCCUCACAGGCAAAGUCAACAGCAUUACCGGCUGAUAAUCGAUCUCCUUCAAUGAGACCAUCGUGGUGGCCAUUUGAGAUGUCUCCUAGUGCAUUAACCUUUGCUAUUGUAUGGCCUUUUAUUGCUCAAUGGCUGGUACACUUAUAUUAUCAAAGAAGAAGAAGGAAACUGCACUGAGUGGAGGAGCUGCCCUUUAUCCAAGACUGCUGGGCCUGGAAGACAUAUGAAUAAAAAGGAAUGUGGUGUACCCCCAGGAAUUGCAGGCUCGAUAAUAAUUAGAUUUCGCUUUUGUUGUUUCAGCAGCCUCAGUGGGGCAGGGUGGUAUUAGGAUUUUGUUCUUUUAGCACUACAAAGAUAUCUUCAAGACUUAAUAUUACUGAUACUUGAAUGAUCAUUCUCAACUAGGUGACAAAUAGCAUACAUAGAAUUAUCCCUCCCUCCUUGAACUUGGAGGACAUUAAGUUAUUAAUUAUUGUUUGGUAACAUAUUUACCUGAUUAUCUCCAACGCAGAAACAUGAACUGUUUUUUUCAGCACACAAUAAUGAUGAGAACAGAAUUUUGAUUUGUUUUUUUGGUUAUGGACUAAUGGAAGGGGUGGGCAUGGAAAGGGAAGCCAUGUGGGGGGAAAAAGGUGUGGCUCAGGGGCAAAAAAAACCUAGAUGUCAAAUGAAAAUAAAGAUUUCAUAUCAUAAUCUCUGAAUUAUCAUGGCAAAGGAAGACAAAUUGCCAAGGGAAUCUAUUUCAGAGUUCACUUUGUGAACUGCACAGUGCUUCCUGACAUUUUCGGGGCGUUUGAAAUCGUUUUGGCAUCUUCCUUCACUGUACAUAAGUGGGUUCUAGUGCUCCCUGUCUGGUCAGAGUAGAAGUGAUUUCUCUAUACUCUGCUCAUUUAGUUUCUAGGAACAGUUCGAGGGAGGUGCAUGUCCUGCAUGAUAGAAAUGAUGAGGGGGUCUUGAUGUUUCAGAGAAUAGACUGAUGCUGCAAUGUACAAAUAAUAGUUUGAAUCAACCAUCUAUACUUAUUUCUUGGUAAUUAUUUUCUUUAGGGGAAGAACUAUAGUUUCUGCACGGAGUGCUUUGAAAUAUAAAAUGAAACCUUAUUUAUACUUUUUUUUUUUACGCAGUACAGAAAACUCAUGAUUUAACAGUUAGUUGCUCAACUGAUGAUAUUCAGCAAUUCAUGUUGCCAUGAAUAAAUCACUUAACCUCUUAGUGCCUCAGUUUAUCCACCUGGGGAUAAUAUUUGCAAUAUACUUACACAGGGAUGUUGUGAAGAUAAUGUGGGCUAUUGCACAUCUGGCUGCCAUUUGAUUAAACUAUACCUCAAGUGACAGAAACUUUUCAAAGACAUUGUAACAUUUGGAUUUUGAGAAGGAUUUGAAUUGGUGCCCUGGAAAGCCGUCUUUGGAAAUGAUUACUUCUAUGUACAAAAUGAUCCUUGUGAUAGGAUAAUUACGUGGCUCAUUCUUUACUAGUAUGUGCUUUAAGAUUCAUUGCUAAAAAUCAGUGUCGCGUGUUUCCUGAAAAAUGAUAUCCAGCACAGCAGAGCACUGUACUGAAUACAGGAUAUUUUUAAUCAGAAAAACUCAUCUAUAAUUAAUUCACAAGGAUGGUCUUUUUCUUUUAUCUCCAUCUGUGUGAAAGGGAGUAAUUGCUAACAAUAUCUGCUUGAGGAGCAAACCAACACCUUUUUGAGAAAAAAAAAGUCAGUGAAUUGCAGAUAAAAAAUAAAAAGAUCAAAUCUGUAUAGAAGAAGUAGCUAUAAAAUUUUAUUUUCAAGAAUGGUAAAAUUAGAGGCUUCUCUUAGUAAUGAUGAGGGAUACAAAUGAUCUAAUGAUCUUUUUGACUAGUUUAAUCAGACUUGUUGAAUGUAAGCAGCUGUGAUCAAAUGCAGGUGGUUCAGGGGUUGUCAUCUCUUGGGGUUAAAAUACUUUCUAUCCUGUCCCAAAAUCUUAUUUUGUAGUUUGAAAAGCACUUUGCACACAGCUCUUGUAUAUAAAAAACAAAGAUGUAAUUUUAGGAUUUAAUGUUAAUGCUUUGUUUAACAAAACCUGAUUUUAAACCAAUAAUGGUAUUUUUUUUAAAUGAAAUAUUUCUUCUGUUGUUUCUUUACUGUAAAGCUGAGUACAAAAUAAAAACAGUAAUAAGCAA